CGCGACUGGUCGGUUGGGGCUAUUUCAACCAAACCGUAGAAGAACACUUGCCAACAGGAUGGCGGACAUCCACGAUCGGCUGCCCGAUACGGCGUUGGACUCGGAGCCCGAGGUUGGCUUGCUCUCGCACGUGUCGACCGAGGCAUCGAGCGACCAUGCGCCGACGCACAGCUACCGGCCCGACAUUGACGGCCUCCGGACGCUUGCAGUUGUCCCCGUCCUCAUCUUCCACGCGUACCCGACGCUCCUUCCAGGCGGCUUCAUUGGCGUCGACAUCUUCUUUGUCAUUUCCGGGUUUCUCAUUUCCGGGAUUCUCUUCAAGGAGCACAAGCGCGGCAGCUUUACGUACGGCAGCUUCUACGAGCGCCGCGUCCGCCGUAUUUUCCCGACGCUCAUCAUCGUGCUGAGCGCGACGCUCUGGCUCGGGUACCUCUACCUCAUGGCGCCCAAGCUCAAGCUCAUGGCGGCGACCAUGUUUGCCGGCACGCUCUUCAGCGCCAACCUCCAAGUGCUCUCGCUCGAGAAGGCGUACUUUGAUCUGGGUGCGAACCCGGUGCUGCACCUCUGGUCGCUCGGCGUCGAAGAGCAGUUCUACAUUCUAUGGCCGUGCUUUUGCGCGAUCCUCGUGAAGCUCUCGCACAAGCGCGCGCUUGUGUUCCAAGUGGCCUUUAUGGCCUUGAGCUUUCUGAUCAACGUUGCAUUUCUCGGCUACCGCAGCAACAAGGUGUCGUUCUACAUGCCGCUCUGCCGCUUUUGGCAAAUGUCCAUGGGUGGGCUCCUUGCGUACGUCACGUCCCAUGCAGCGGUAUCGUUCACGCUGCUCCAGGAGCCCGGUACUGCAUCGUCGCCGAGUGCAGGCGCAUGGACGUCCGGUCUCGGGCUUGGCCUCGUCCUCAUCGGCUUUGCUGCCAUCGACGAGCAUCGCGCGUUUCCCGGCUUUUGGGCGCUUCUUCCAACCACCGGUGCGACAUUGCUCAUUGCCGCAGGCCCGCAUGCGCCGUUCAACAAGUACGUCCUAAGCAACUUUGUGGUUGUAUACAUUGGCAAAAUCAGCUACUGUCUCUACCUCUGGCACUGGCCGCUCCUUGUCAUUUUCGGCGACCGGUACCCCGCGUCGGCGCCGCGCCCGUUCUUUGCCGAGCCGUGGAUUCUGCUCCUCGUCUCGGUAGUCUUGAGCAUCGCGACAUACGAAGACGUCGAGCUGCGGCUCCGCCGACGCAAAGCCAAGUGGAUCACGCCUCUUCUCGUGCUGUGUGUUGUCGGCCUCGCGGUGGUAUCGGCCAUGGUGCACGCCCACCCGUCGGACUUUUCGCUGAUUGAGAUUGGCCUGCGCAAUGUGCCACACGCGCCACCCCGCGUCGUGGAGAAAGGGGUGACCGGUCCUACUGUCGGGAACGUGCCUGCGUCGUUGCAGCAAGCGCGGGCGGCCAUUUACGAUGGCGACUGGCAAAAAGGGCUCAGUGAGUGCCCGAAGGACUCGCCGUACCUAAAAAAAGCAACCUACCCCGCCAACUUUCGUACGCGCGACAACUACUUUCUUCCCGGUGGCGUCUUCCUCGUCAACCCCGGCCACGAGAAGGACAACGGCCUCUUGAUUGUGCUCGGUGACUCGCACUCGGACAUGACCAAGCCGCGCCUCGCCCAGCUCUACGACGACGCCGUCGCCCAGAACGACACCAAUUUCCCGACGAUUGCGAUCAAUAGCUGGUCCGGGCGGCCGCUCAUGCCGUGCCGGGCCGAGUACUACGCCAACUUGGCCAUGGUCAAGUCGGUCAAGCCCCAGGCGGUGCUCCUUGUCCAGCACUACUACCAGUACGUGCACCCGACGGGCCCCGACUCGCUGCCGUAUACGGCGCCGCCCCAGUGCUGCUACGACGAUGACCGUCAAUGCCCCGAGCAAUCCGUGCACGACGUCAAUGCCAUGUGGUCGAUCAUGGAGAAGGAUCUCAAAGAGCUUACUGACAUGGGCAUCCACGUCUUUGUCGUCGAUCAAAGCCCCGAGUACGAAGCGAUGAACCCGUCCUCAUGGAUCUCGGGCGACACGGUGACGAUGCCCAAGCCCAUGUACAGAAGCGCCUUCAACCGCGAGUACAAGUGGCUCCUCGACCCGCUGCAUGCAAUGGUCAAGGGUGCCGGCGCGACGCUCAUCGACUACGCCGACAACUACUCGCUCGGCGACGAAAUCAUGAUCACCGACGCCGACGGGUACCCGGUCAUGUGCUACGGCUUGCAUCUCAACACGCAUUUUGCGCGCACGUACCUCACCGUCAUUGACCAAGUCGUGGCUGCCGCACGCCUCCAUUAAGUCCAAAUUUAUAGAUAAACCAUUGUUUGCUGUCCAGCAUUCGCGUAACUAGUGCAAUGCAGAGCCGUGGACGUGUGAUAGGUCAAGGGAAUACCGUCAUGCACUAAAUAUAAGCACCG